UCCAUUUAAAAAGUUUGGGAGGAUAGAUAUUAGAUGUUUGUUGUAUUCCUUUUUUUUAAGCUAUUAAAGGGAGAAGUGAAGUGCAGAAAAUAAAGACUCCAUUUUUAGGCUAAUUUGGCCAGAGAUUUCUUUGAGGUAGUUAAACUUUCCCACAGACUAUUGGCUGUUGAUUGCUUCUCCUAUGUCCAAUCGGAUGGUGCUUAGCUACACCAAUUCAUUUGCAUUAUUUCGACCUAAAUUUAAUGGCCAUUCCAUUCCCUCCAUAUACCACACAGAUGUGUUAUCCUUGACGAGGCAUGUGUCUUCCGCAACUGCUCUCUCCUUUUGUCAGCUUCAGGCAACAAAACUUCAUGAUAGUCCAGUUACUGUUGCAAGUGAUGUUAGAUAUGGUAGUAAACAGAUUAUAAGUGUUGAUUCGCCACUGUAUGACUACAUAUUGACCAAUGUUAGAGAACCAAAGAUUUUGCGUGAACUUAGGGAGGAGACAGCAACAAUGCGAGGCAGUCAGAUGCAGGUGUCACCGGAUCAAGCACAACUACUUGCUAUGCUCGUACAGAUUCUUGGGGCAGAAAGGUGCAUUGAAGUGGGAACAUAUACUGGAUAUUCAUCCUUGGCUGUUGCCCUGGUCCUUCCAGAAGGAGGUCAUUUAGUUGCUUGUGAAAGAGAUGGCAAAGUAAUUGAGGUUGCAAAAAGAUAUUAUGACCGAGCUGGUGUGUCACAUAAGGUGGACGUGAGACAUGGUCUAGCAGCAGAUACUUUGAAGUCUUUGAUUCAAAAUGGUGAAAGUUGCAGAUAUGAUUUUGCAUUUGUUGACGCAGAAAAGAAAAUGUAUCAAGAGUACUUUGAGUUGCUGCUACAACUGGUGAGAAUCAGAGGUCUUAUUGUAGUCGAUAAUGUCCUAUGGCAUGGAAGAGUUUCCGAUCCACUGGUAAAUGAUUCCAAGACUCUUAGCAUUAGAAACUUUAAUGAAAACUUGAUGAAGGAUAACCGCGUCGACAUCAGUAUGGUGCCUAUUGGUGAUGGUAUGACAAUCUGUAGAAAAAGAUGAAGCAUAAAAAGAGACUGGAUGUUGAACUUUUAGUGUAAUAUUUUGUUGUUUCACUUUUUCAUUUGUAAGAGAGAGUAAGUGCCCGUUUGGAUGGGCUUUUAAGUUGGUCAAACCGACUUUAACUUCUCACUUGGACUUUUUAUAUUCUAGUCUACUUCGUCUUAAAAUAUUUGUCGUGUUUUUCAUUUACACACCUAACAUUAAUUAGGAGGGGGUGUUUGAUUAUUGUACCCUAAUUAUGUCUUAUACAUGCAAUAUCUCUUCAU